AAAAGCCAUGUGUUGCGCCGAACACACCGUAACUGCCCCUCCACACCCUCUCAUGGAGAACCAAACGGGCAAAAACAACUAAAGUAAAGGCCGACUCAUUACGCGCUCUAUUUCUAUAUCCGCUGACCAGAAUCCAGAAUGCUCUCCAGUCCCCACCGUUACUUUUCAGUUCUUAGGAAACUAGCCUUUCGGUUGCGGUAAAUUGUAACACGGAACUUCAGUCUUGACGCGAUUGUGCAGUUUAACUGCAGGGACGAUGAAGCAUGCUUUGCUUUUUCUCGUGAUACUUCUCUCCUCCAAGUUAAACUACUCCAAUGCAGAAGAAGAUUUCGAUGUUCGCCAACAUCUCUGCACUGUGUCCAGCGUUAUUGGAAUUAGGCCGGGUGGUUUAUUUGAUAAGACGCUCACUCUUAUCAUCGACGCGGCCGCCUCUGCAUUUGAUUUCAUUGCUCAUCCCUUAGCUUCUGUCAAAUCCGAAUAGCUUUCGAGGAUGUCCUUGUUUGGUUCCACAACUUAUUUGACUCAUAAGACUUACGCACACACAUAUCAAUGACUAGGACUUUAUGCAGAAGUUUUCAAAGCAAUUGUAAAGCUCUCCUUUCCUUGACAGGACUCUUCAACCUACAUGUCUUAACACCAAUCAAGUUCUCUCAUAAGUUAUAUGGUGCUGUGAAAGACAUUGCUGACAACUCCUUUGUUCCUUCUGAUAUUCCUGAAGGAUGUUUUCCACUCCACUUAAAUCUUGUGGCAAGACAUGGAACUCGAUCUCCUACCAAGAAAAGGAUUAGAGAAUUAGAUACAUUGGCAGAUCAUUUGAAAUCAUUGAUUAGCGAUGCGGAAAAACAAAAUUUACUGUUGGAUAGAAUUCCUUCAUGGUUACGUGGAUGGGAAUCUCCUUGGAAAGGACGGCUCAAGGGUGGUGAAUUAAUUAGCAAAGGAGAGGAGGAAUUAUAUGAUCUUGGGAUCAGGACUAGGGAAAAAUUUCCACAUUUGUUUGAUGAGGAGUACCAUCCAGAUAUAUAUCCUAUAAAGGCUACUCAGGUUCCUCGAGCAUCAGCUAGUGCUGUGGCAUUUGGAAUGGGGCUUUUCAUUGGCAAUGGGAGUCUUGGUCCAGGGAAUCACCGAGCUUUUGCUGUUACUAGUGAAAAUCGUGCCAGUGACAUACUUCUGAGAUUCUUUGAUUCUUGUACUAACUAUAAGAAUUUCAGGCAAAGCCAGGAGCCUGCUGUUAAUAAACUUAAGGAGCCUAUCCUGGAUGAGAUUACGUCUGCAUUAAUUGAGCGCUAUGGGCUGAAUUUUACGAGGCAGGAUGCAUCUUCUCUUUGGUUUCUGUGUAAACAGGAAGCAUCCUUGUUGGAUAUAACAAAUCAAGCAUGUAGACUUUUCAGCCCUUCUGAGAUUACUUUGUUAGAGUGGACGGAUGACUUGGAGCUGUAUAUAUUGAAGGGUUAUGGUAAAUCACUAAACUAUAGAAUGGGAAUGCCAUUACUUGAAGAUGUUGUUCAAUCCAUGGAGCAAGCUAUUCAGGCUAAUGAAGAAAAACAAGCUCCUGGCAGCUAUGAAAAGGCAAGACUUCGGUUUGCACAUGCUGAAACUGUGGUUCCUUUCUCAUGCCUGCUUGGUCUUUUUCUUGAAGGAUCUGAAUUUGAACAGAUUCAGAAGGAGCAACCUUUGCGGCUCCCUCAAAUGCCCCCUCAGAAAAGAAAAUGGCGGGGGAGCAUGGUAGCACCUUUUGCCGGUAACAAUAUGUUGGUCCUCUAUAGUUGUCCAGCUACAAACAAAUCCACUAGCAGUUACUUUGUGCGAGUGCUGCACAAUGAACACCCCAUUCCAAUGCCAGCUUGUCACGGUUCUGAUUUCUGUCCAUACGAAGUAUUCAAGGAAAGAGUUAUUACGCCUCAUAAGAAGCAUGACUUUUAUACAGUAUGUAAUGGGAAGGUAGGGCAAACAGGCGAUGAGUUUUCUCAAAUGUUUCAGUGGCCUCUCUCACCGGGAAAAGGUGAUAACACUCCCAGAGAUGAGCUUUAGUCUGUUUACUGGGAAUAAGAGCCAUAAUUUUUUUUUUUUACCUCUUUUCCUUUUUGGUGCUGCGUCUUCACAACUUUUCAGCAUGGGAGAUGGCCACUUGAAGAAAGUUUCUUCUGCCUGUAGACUAAUGUCUUUGUUAUCUUGAGAUUGCUGCUUGAUUCCACCCAGUGUGUAGAGAAUUCAGAGCUACAUACACUUUGUACUUUUGGUGUCAUUUUUGUCGUGCUUUACUUUCACCAGUUCAAGGAUUUUGCUGAUUCCGCCAAGUAAGGUGUGUAGCUAAGUCCUUUAUGUUCAUCUAUUCUUGGAGCUUUAAUUUUGUCGUUAUAGUAUAGUCAGAUACAUGAUCAGCCAAACUCGGGACUUGCAUUGUAUUAAUAUAUUUUUGUUUUUGUCCUA